AUGAGGCCAGAGCCAAUCCAUCAACCAAAGAGCAACAACAGCUUCAACUUGACCGUUCAGGAACAAAAUGCUCAUACUUUAAAAGUGAUUGAGAGGCCUGUCACAGCUUCCCGGACAUCUCUGCCGUUAUGGGUGAUCGCUCUCAUAGUAUUUGGAGUCUUGGCAAUCGUUGGAGUUACUAUUGGUCUUCUGGUCCAUUAUCUGGCAGUAGAAAAUAGGACCUAUUACUAUAAAGGUAGCUUUGAAGUGCUGGAUAUCCCAUAUAAUAGCAAUUAUGAAAGGGAGACAUCAGCAGAAAACAACUAUCUUAGCAAGAUUCUUGAGACCAGGAUGACUGAUGCGUUUCAAAGUUCAAAUAUUUACAGACAAUAUAUCAAUUCUCAAGUCAUCACACUAGUUCCUGACAGCAACAAUGUGACAGCACACAUAUGGCUGGUCUUCAAGUCUACCGCAGCCAACAAGGAAAACACAAGGAGAAGAAUUGAAAGCAUCUUGCGUCAGCUGCUGAAGAGCAACUCAGGAUCCUUGACUACAGAUCCGGAUUCUCUGAAGCUCACGGAAAUCAGUAAGGUUGAUGCUGAAAGGAUUAUCAACAACCGCUGUGGGAGACGAGCAAAGAUGUCAGCUACGUACGACAGAAUCAAGGGUGGCUCCAACGCUCAGGAAGGAGAAUGGCCGUGGCAAGCUAGUCUCAGAAUGAAUGGCCAACACUACUGUGGGGCAUCGCUUAUAAGUGAAAGAUAUGUUCUAACUGCGGCUCACUGCUUUCAAAAAACUAAAAACCCGAAGAACUUUACUGUCAGUUUUGGUACUGAAGUGACACCCCCCUACAUGCAACGCAAUGUUCAGGAAAUUAUUAUUCAUGAAAAGUAUAUCAAGGGUGAACAUCAUGAUGAUAUUGCAAUAAUAUUGCUCACGGACAAAGUUUCAUUUAAUAAUGAUGUGCACCGAGUUUGUCUUCCUGAAGCUACACAGGUUUUCUCUCCAGGAGAAGGAGUUGUUGUUACUGGAUGGGGAGCAUUUAUAUAUGAUGAUGAAUACCCCGUAUUGCUUCAGAAAGCUCCUGUGAAGAUUAUUGACACGAACACCUGUAAUAGCAGAGAAGCAUACAAUGGCAUGGUACUGGACACAAUGCUGUGUGCUGGGUACAUGGAAGGAAAUAUUGAUGCCUGCCAGGGUGACUCUGGAGGGCCACUGGUCUAUCCCAAUUCUCGAAAUAUUUGGUACCUUGUUGGAAUAGUGAGCUGGGGAAUUGAAUGUGGUCAACUCAAUAAGCCAGGGGUCUAUACACGAGUGACCUCCUACCGCAACUGGAUUGCCUCGAAGACUGGUCUCUGAGAGAGAAGAAAAGCAUCUAGCAACCACUGUCACCGGUCACUGUUGUCUGUUACUACCAAGCCUUAUUUCACGUAUAUUUUGGACU